AAGGAGGAGCUGAUAGCAAGCAGAGGCUGCUGGAAGUGAGGAGCGCGCAGGAGGUGGCUGGAGUUGAUUGGAGUUAAUGUGAUUUGCCCCCGCCCGCCUCUCGCGCGCGCUCGUGCUCCCUCGUGCGCUCUGCUACUACUGCUGCUACUGCUGCUUUUUCCACUGCAAACUCCCGGAUGGAGCGCGUUUACGCACCGUGAUGGAAAAGAAUUAGAAAAAACUCAUAAUGCCUGAAGCUUCUGGAAGAAUGGGAAUAGCUGUGUAUAGCAACACUGUUUUACAUGUUUUCAGGCGCAAACCAGGGCUGCUGCUGCUUCAGUGUGCGCCGUUAUGAGCCCCAGCUCGAGGGGUCGUUACACUAUGAGCAGAGGAGCAGCUCUCUAGAGGCCAGGCCUGACCCAGUCUGGACCUUCCCUACAACAGCCUGGACCACAGAGCAGAACUGAGAGAGCAGAGAAGCACAGAGCAGCUCAGGCUGGACUGAACAGCUGGACAUGCAGACAGACUCUGACUGGAGUGAUUUCAUCACAUCAUCAUCAUCAUUAUCACUGCUGAAGAGGACCUGCAUGAAUGAGUAAAGCAAGAGCAUUUCCUCUCCGCUCAAAAUAUUCUGGGGAACAUGACCCACUCCUGGCCUUCCCAGCAGCCCCCAGGGGGAGGGGGCACUGAGCGAUUUCUGUAUUCGGAUUCCAAGGAGGGGAAACGACACAGCUCUCAGCAUAAACACGUGAGGGAUAAUGCAUCUUUCAGGAUGCCACGUGUGGCCCCUCACAAAUCCAUGCUCGCUGAUGACCUGAAGCUCAGCAGUGACGAGGAUGACGGUGACAAGGGGCAUCAGCAGAUUUCUUCCUGGGCUGAUCAUCACAACCUGUCGGGGCAGCGCACACACAUACAUGGCGGGAGGGCGAGACAUUCCAGCUCGGGCUCCUCAGGAUCUGAUUCCUCCAGUGAGUCAGAGAGCAGUAGCCAGCGGUCGCUCAGCCCGAGCCCACGAGCGCACAGCCAGCCUGGAGCAGCCAGCCAAGCACAGCCUGGCACCUGCAGCAAAGAGGACCCAUCCUUCACACACUGGCAACUGAAUACGUGGCUUGAGAAAGUUCAAAGGAACCGACACUCAGUUGACCACGACCUGGGAGGAGGUCAGAGCUCCAGUGUGACUUUUGACUCUGGUCGAGGACCAUCUCCAGGAAGGUACUGGGAGAGAGACUCCAACCCUGUGGCAAGACGGGACCGCAGCCCAAGCCAAAGCCCUGUCCCCAGCCCCAGGUUUGACUACAGCCCGAGGCACAGUCCUCGUUCCAGCCCUGGAUAUAGCCCUUGUCCAAGUCCAGGAAACAGUCCAGUGCCAAGCCCAGUACCAAGUGUUUGCCCCAGCCCAGGUGCCAGCCUAAGAGGAAGCAGAAGCCCUAGCCCUUUACCCCCUCACCCGCCGAAAAGCCCUAGUCCUACUGUUGUUUCUGCUCCUGCCCCUCAAAGACUAAACUCUUAUCCUCAGGGUUCUACUCAUCACCAGGAAAGCCCCAGGCGUCCUACACAACCAACGCAUACCUCCAGUCCUGUGCGUCAGCCUAAAGUUAGGCCAUGGGUGCCUCCAGACCAUAACACUGAACGUAUUACUGACUCUAGACUAUCUGCUCUCCAGCACCAUCAUUCCAAACAUAAAGAGACUCCACACAGGCCCAAAACCCAGAGCAUUGACUCUAGAAUCAAAUCCAGGUCAAGUCCCGUUCCAAACUCAGAUCCACAGCAUCACUCUCAGGCCAGCUCCAAGCCACACCACAGUCCUAAACCAAAAGCUAGGCAAUUGUCUUCCACUGACCCCAAUACUGAGCGUAGCCAUAGCCAUAGACCUGGUGAUCCCAGGAGCAAAUUUAACCAGAGUUCAAACUCCAAGCCAAAACACAGCCCUGCAUCCAAAUCCAAGCACUUAGUCCCCUCUGAGUCAAGCAGUGGCUCUUUCCACAGUUCCAGCUCUAGGCCUCCACCUAGACCUGACCCACAGACUUCAGCUAGGCCAAACUCAAAGCCUAACUCUAGACGCAGCCCUAGUCCAAAACCCAAUCCAAAGUCCAGAGAGGCACCAGCGCCCAACGCCAGGCCAUCUCAGAAGGAGCAUAAGAGCAGAGAGAGAGAGCAGGAGGGUCACGGUCACGGGAAGGCACAGGGUGGUCCCCAGGCCCAGGCUGCAGAAGCUCAGAGACAGGGUAGGCUGGCGGAGGAGCAGUUGAUCCGGCGCCGCUGGGUCCGCAGCUCUGAGGACGAAGAAGAGGAGGACGAGGAGAGGAGUAGAAGAAGAAGAGAAGGUGAAGAGAGGGAGAGAAAGAGGAGGAGGAGGAAGGAGCCAAAUGCUGAAUGGAAGGCGGUACAGCCCAAGCAGAGACCUCACACCAACAGCCAGCAUCACCAGCAAAGCGAACGCAGCAACGGACAAGAGCGUGAGGAGCAGAGGACGAAGAAGAGGAGGAGAAGCAGUGAGGAGUCCUCCCACGCAGGAGUCAUAGACUCCAACCCUUCUCCUCCACUCUCUCCACCCUCCCCCUCACAGGUCGUCCGCCCUCCACGGCCACCUUCUUCCUCUUCGUCCUCUUCUUCUUCCUCCUCUUCUUCUUCGUCGUCUUCUUCAGAAUCAGACUCUGAGCCAAGUUUGCCCCAGAAUGUCGCCAAAGUCCCUGCAGACUCUACAUCCAGCAAGCGACCAGCGGAAAAAAAACGGAGACAUCACGACUCGAGACCCUCAGAGACGAGGUCCAGUGUAGCAGACCCCUCCAGGACAAGUGAAACAUCUCCUGACGAAGGUCAGCAGCGUCGGAGAAAACAUAAACUUUACACCUUGGUGCCAUUUGGCCGCACAGAGAAGUCCACUGCUUACUCACACCGAGGACUGAGGAAUCUAGUAGUGAAGAUAGACCUCUCACUUUUAGCCAGAGUUCCCAGUGCUAGUGAAGUCUCGCAAAGACGUUCUUCAUCUUCAUCCUCCUCUUCUUUGCCAGCUAAAAUGAAAGAAAAAGCAUCCAUGAGACAUCUGUACCAGCAGGAGCAGGAGCCUGGAGAUGCCAGGUGUAAACGGAAGGCUGAGAAUGGAGAGGCUCAAAGAGACAGUAAGAGAAGCCAUUUUCACACAGACAAACCCCCAGCUCCCUCACACUCAGCCAGCGGUGAACACCAAGAGAGCCGAUCCAGCAGCAAGCAAAAUGGACAUCAUGAGGACUAUUUUUACACCAAGAGGCCACUGUCGCCACUCUCUCCUCCAUCUGCUGUGAAGACGCAGCAUGCAGAUCAGCAGACCACACACCCCCAGAGAGACUCCACAGUAAAAAAAUCACAGAUGCCAAGGGCUCAGCCAAAGAUAGAGGCUGAGUGUACUGGAGCACCAGGAAAUAUGCAGCCUCCAUCUGGCUCAUGGGUGCCAUCUACAAACCAGCCAGCUUACUACAGAGGAACCGUGCCUUACACUGAUGUUUCACACCAUGCUGAAUACUACAUGCACGAGGCCAAGAGGCUGAAACAUCGAGCAGAUGCUAUGGUGGAUAAACUGGGGAAGGCUGUGAAUUACGUGGAUGCUGCUCUUUCGUUUAUGGAGUGUGGUAAAGCCAUGGAGGAAGGCCCUCUGGAGGCUAAGUCCCCUUAUACCAUGUAUGCAGAAACUGUGGAGUUAAUAAGAUACGCUAUGAGGCUAAAGAGUCACACAGGCCCUGGAGCCAGGCAGGAGGACAAGCAGCUUGCUGUACUUUGUUUCCGUUGUCUUGCUCUACUGUACUGGCAAAUGUUCCGACUGAAAAAAGACAACGCCCUGAAAUACUCCAAAGCCCUGCUAGACUACUUCAAGAGUUCUCCAAAAGUGCCUCACACAGGACCUACCUGGAAUGAUGCUACAAAGGGAAUUGUACCUCCUACUUGCAAGUCCCCUGUUGGUUUAAUAGGGUCCCAACCAGGCAGCUCUCCCCCCUCCCCUUUCAUUAACAUUCCCCACCGUAUCCACCAGAUGGCAGCAAACCACCUCAAUAUUACCAACAGCGUGCUUUACAGUUACGAGUACUGGGAGGUGGCUGACACCUUGGCCAAGGAAAACAAAGAGUUCUUUAACUACUUGAACACCCUCACUGGACCACUGACUCUGCACAGCAGCAUGGCCCAUAUAGUCCAGUACACCAGACAGGGACUACAGUGGAUACGGAUUAGUGCCAACUUGUCCUAACUUUAACACUCAGCCUCUGCUCUGACACAGAAUCCCUGGACUUGAACCUACUAUGUUCCCUAACCUGGACUAUUCCCUCCGGUCAAUUUUAUCUCCCACUCUUUGCUGCAAAUCCAGUUCAGUUUUCUAUUCAUAAAGCUUUAACAUCCACAUUGGCAUAUCUUUCAACAACAGUCCCAUACGCAUAGUAUGAUAGAGCAGUGUUUCCCAGCUCCCCUCCUGAAGGCCCAGCGCAGUUUUAUAAUUUACCUGCUUGAACUGAUUCAGCCUAGGCAGGACUUCCUAUUGAACUAUAAAUGUGACUCAGAUGCAGAUGAAACAUAAAACUAAUGGACGAAUCUGGGAAACACUAUAAUAAAAGACUUCAGGGACUCUGGGGGAGAGUGCAAGAGAGCUACAGGUUGAGAAAGCUGGUCUUGCUAACUUUUCCUUACUACAGGUAAGAGACAUUAGGGAAUCUUUUGAAGUGUGCAGGCUCUUUCACAGAUUUCAUUUUCUGUAUUUAAGUAAAGAAGGCAUUAAAAAUAAUGUGUCUCUCCGUUUUCUACACAUUUGUACUUUUGUACAAAAGGAACUUUGCCAAAUGUGCCACAUUUUUAUAGUAAAUAAUUAUUCAUUUUUAUACUUCAAACAGCAUGGUAUUGUACCAUGUUGACUGAUGUGGCUUUAAAUAGUGAAGUGUUUUAUUUUUGGGUAGCUCUCAUACAGAUAACACCAAUGUGACCAGGACUCUUGUUUAAGUUUUCAUAUUUUUGUAAAAUGUUGUCAGUGCAUUUGUAUUGUAUUUUAAAGGCAUUGUAAAUGUGAUCAUUGUGUGUUUUUUUAAGAAUGAUUUUUUAUAAAGGUUUUUGUGCA